CCAAUCCACUCUGAUUGUUAUCGCAACCUCACACUCACGCAGACACAAAAGCCCAAACCACGCACAAUUCAAACGUUCACUCUCUUUCUCUCUAACACGCUCACACUCACUUACUCGGUCUUGUCACCGGUGAUAAUAUCGCCGUAAAACUGAUUUUUAGCCGGUAAAAAUGGCGGUUCCGGCGAGCGGUGGUUUUCCUAAUUACCAAAGUGCAAACGUGACGUUCUCGAGCCGUUGCGUAUUUCGUGAAAACUAGCCUUUAUUUUCUGAAAGCCCUAAGCUAAAGCAACUUUUAUCUUUUUCUUUAUAUUUUUAGUUAGCAGAGUUUGGAAGUUAUUCCACGCUUUGCCUUGCAAAUUAGAGGCAAUAUAGUAGUACUAUAUAAUAUAAGAGUAGUAUUAAUUGGUUUUAGCAUUGCUUAAGCGUCUCGAAUUUUGGUUAUAAAAGAGUUUUGAAUUUGGGCCAAGUCAUCGAUUUCUUCGUCCACAAAAUUUUGAAAUCCAUGAGUGGAGAAUCGAGAUAGAUCGUCUUUGAUGAUAUAUUAGUAGUGGUGGUUAGAAAUUGAAUUAGGUUGGAAGUUAAGGUUUAGGUAGGCUCUGUGGAAAAGGACAAAAUGGUAAAUUGAAGGUUGGAGGUGGAGUUGAGAAUUUUCUCGUGAUUUUUGAUCACGCUGAUCAUGCCUUUAUCAAUGAAGAUCCAGCCGGUCGAUUUUAACACGCCGGAAGAGACGAUGAGGUUCGACUCAGUGAAGCCGAUUGCGAAGUCUCGGCUGAAGAGGUUUUUUGAUUUCCAGUUCCCGAACGUUCUGAGGAAUUCCACGGCGGCGCCGGAGAAGGUAGUGGCCGAGGAGCCGCAUUUUCUGAAGGACGGCUUUAAUGGCUCGGUUGUGGUGGCGCCGGUGGUGGCCACUGAGUUUGAGCCGAGUUCGGUGUGCUUGGACAGUAUGGUACAGAACUUCAUCGAGGAGAAUAAUAACAACAACAACAACGAGAAGCAAUCCGGUGCGGUCAGGUGUGGCCGUAACCGCUGCAACUGCUUUAACCGGAACUGUAUUGAUAGCAGUUCGGAAGAUGAAUGGGACUCUUUCGGCGAUUCUAACUAUUCUUCCACUGAAGCUUGUGAAAUUCUCAAGGGAUUGGUGCCGUGUGCGAGUGUGUGCGAGAGGAAUUUGCUAGCGGACACGUCGAAGAUCGUAGAGAAGAACAAGAUCUGUAAGAGUAAAGAUGAGGAUUGCAGGAAAGUUGUCACUGAUGGAUUGUUGGCUCUUGGAUACGACGCUUCAAUUUGUAAAUCCCGCUGGGAAAAAUGUUCCUCCUAUCCUGCGGGGGAAUAUGAAUACAUAGACGUGAUAAUCGAGGGCGAGAGAUAUCUGAUCGACAUCGAUUUCAGAUCAGAAUUCGAAAUUGCACGACCAACCAAGAGCUACAAGACGAUCGUCCAGGCGCUUCCGUACAUCUUCGUAGGAAAGUCCGAUCGUCUGCGCCGAAUCAUAGCGAUCGCAUCGGAGGCAGCAAAGCAAAGCCUGAAAAAGAAAAAUUUGCACAUUCCUCCGUGGAGGAAAGCCGAGUAUGUCAAUUCCAAAUGGCUCUCUCCACACGCGCGGUCUCAGCGCUUGAACGAACAGCCUCUCCACGUCAACGAGUUCAAACUGAGUCAGGCGGCGGAGGAGACUGAAUUAGGUGAGGGCGGCGAGAACGUUUUUGCUUUGAGCGAAGGCUCCGAAGAAGAAGGGGAAGCGAAAGCGAAAGAGUGGAAGCCGCCGGAGAUAAAGCCUAAGCCUAAAAAUUCACUGAGUCAUGGGAGAACAGACUCGUGCAAUCUCGAGCGCCGUGAGAGGUGGGCUAAGCGAAGUUUAAUUAAAUUAGUUUUUAAUUCAUGCCCUCUAAUCUUCUCUGGGUCUUUGAUUAUUUAUUGGGUAGAAAUCAUACCUCUGAUUGAUUAUUUGGUGGGUAAUUACUUAUGUUCUUGAAAUUUAUUAGUAGAUUAAGUUUGAUUUCUCAAAUCUUUUGAAUUCUGAUUAAAAUGUUUAGAUUUGGUCUCUAAUUAGAGUUUAAUCUUUUUAGUAAUAAUGCUAUUUUUGUGUUAUUUUAUGUUUGUAGGUCGAAUAAAAAGUAAUUUUUAGUAGUUCUAUUAUGGUUCUUUUAAAUUUUUUUUCUUCAAUUUAUAGCGUUUGUUUUGAUUUUGGCCUCUUCAAUAUCUUGUUAGGUUGAUUUUAGAUCCUCAAAUACGUUGUUGAUUCAAUUUGGCUUUAAAAAAUGGGGUGUCAGGUUUUAUUAGUCACAUUG